GACCAGAAGGUGGGUCUAAAUGAAACAUGGUGGUUUUACUGAGCAGGUUAUCUGUCACAGACUGUCUGAAACUGUGUCACAGGGUGGUGGAUAGACUGUGUGGACGGGAGUCUCCUCGCAGGGGGGAUUACAGCGCCACCUGGAGCCUGGAGGAGUGGCUGGAGCUGCUUAACUCCCUGACAGCCCUGUUCCAGCUGGCGGUGGGGAACAACAGCUCUGAUGAAGAGGUGCUGGCUGGGCUGUCAGGUGUGGGACGCAGCCAUGCAGAGGCUGCGCUGAGUGUGCUGAGAGCCAGACAGGAGGAGAUCCGCUGCGCUUUGUUGGACAGAACCCACUCCAUCUCCUCUGCUACUCUGCAGGAUGUUGACUGGCAGCUUAAG